AUGUGUCUGCGCACCCAGUUUGGGUCACGGUCGAGGUCGCGGCACACUGCCGAGCGCCGCGCCAUGCUCUGGGACUACAUUGAGGAGCACUUUCCCUACCUCGAGAACAACCAGAGGCUCCAGUACCUUCGCGAACGGCGCGACCUCGAGUUUCCCGAGCUGGUCAAGGAGGUGCGGCGUCUGAUCACCGUGGAGCCAAAGAAUGCUGCACCUUCCUGUCCCCCUGCCAUCUACGACAAUCCUCGCAUGCGGUUUGAGGGAAAGCUCAAGUCUGAGGGUAUUACCGAUGCCGUAGAGGUCUUGUUCGAGGACACGGGCAAGUUGAGGUCAAGGAUUUACCUCGUUUUGGCCGAAGUGGACCCACUGUUUGAGAUCAACGACGGCGAAUACCGCAUGCUUCUCGACGACCGGGGGUUUUGCCUCCCCGACGUCCUUCGCGAGAUCCUGCGGAUCCUUGACAUGGGAGCAUAUGCGAUUCCAAUCUCCAUGUGGCACAACCUCUCGGGUGCAAAGUCUGACUCGGGGCCCGUGUAG